AUGGGCAUUGCCCUGGUCCUUUUCUUGCUCUGCACCGUUGUUGGUGACUUUUCUUCUUGCUUUGCAGACAACUCCAGUUUGCAAAUAGACUUGCAGAACAACGCAUUUGUUUUAAAGCUAUGGAAGAAGACGUCGCAGGCCAGUAAGCAAUCAACGGAGAAUUUGGUUUGUUACACUUUAGACGAGCUCUAUGCAGGCACUGAUAACGAGUGCUUGGUGUACUCUAAGGGCUUUAAUGCUACGCUCAGAAACGAAUAUCUAUCCAUGAAGACCGUACACAACGGUGCGCCUGCAGAUGAGGUCACCUUAACAUUUUUGUGCCCAUUCGAUGAGUUCACUUGUCGUGGACUUGCGGCAGAGAUUGUUUCAUUCAAAUAUGCCCUUUCAGUUUACAUUUCUGGUACAGCCAUUGAGGUCUCCAAGAACGUCAAGACCGUUACUAUCAUUAGCUACGAUCAUUCUAAUUGCUGGUCAAACCCCUACAUCAUAUAUAACAUCAAUACAGACUAUGACCCUACCUAUCUCUGCGUCGUUGUGCUGCCCCGUGCAUGCGACCUUCCAACGCGUUUACCGGUAUCUUUUUCUGCGGCAUUUAUUUCUGUCAAGGCCAACAACUCCCAGACCCUUUUAACAACCCUUUCCGUUACACCAGUUGAUAAGGACAGUAGUGACAUUAAAGAUAAGGUAGGUAAGCUACCCGUUGAUCUACUAUUCAGCACUCCAUAUGUGCACUCCAGUACGGUAUACUUCUGCUGCAUUUGUGAUCUGCUCCCCACUACGGACGAGCAGGAGAAGUGCAUAUCGCAAAUAGCGACGAUUUCGCAAAAUAUCGACUUGUCGGCAGUCCUUAGUUAUAGAGCUUCCUACAGCAACGGUGAUAUCUCAGUGAGUACUACAAUCUACACAUCCACAUCAACGUACACAACGGCACGCUACAGCAAUUGCUUUCUUGACCCUCAGGUGUGGCUUUACCCAAAUGCAGUGCAGAUUCAGCUCACUCCGUCUCCCCUUCGCGAUCCUGAAAAUUGUAGAAACCCUAUUGGAUUGAGUUCUACGCACAUGAGGAUUGACUUGAUCAAUACCAAAAACUACACUCAAAUGGCCACCCAAGAAGUCCCAUUAAAAGCCUUUUCGUGGGAGAAACAGACAUACUGGCUGUUCUGUGAAACAGACACCUGCAAUGACAUUCUACGGGCUGCCCAAGGCGAUCUCAUUCAGCUUCAGGUAAUGCAAUAUAUUUCUUUUCUUUCUGACUCUAAAGACAUUCUGGACACUGUAAUCAUCGCUGCUCCCAACCAGAACAUAACGUGCCUAAAUGGGGUGGAGAUCUCUCUUUCUGAGCGCUCACUUAAGGUGCUCUUCACACUAAAUACUCGCUCAUGUCUGCCCCUUCAGGAUACCCUUUCCCAAAGGGCUUUCUAUCGAGUGGCUUUCUACGAGUCUUCCAGUCCAAAUGUGGCGACUCAAAACUUUACCAUGAAGGGUAGAAUGACGCGCGUCAUAAAUGAUUACACAGUGGGGCAGGAGGUUCCAAUGACAUGUGCUAAUGUGGACGUCUCAUACACAUCGAUGACCUGCCGUGAGUUCUUCUCUUGGAUGAGGAAGGCUGCAAAGAAGAAGACACUGGUUGCGACCAUAAUCUAUGGAGACUUUGUCUACACCAUCACCAAGAUCUACUACGACGGCUCCGGCUUUUUGAUUGGGCUGUCGGUUUCCUUGGGGGCCCUCAUUGCCAUUGGGGCUUCUGUAUACACGUAUCUGAGUGUUCGGCGCUUUAUGCGGGUCAUCAACAAGUUAACAUUAUAG